GAGCAAAUUUUUGUGAUUUUCUCUGAAAAAUUGGCCCUUAAACGCGUUCAACGACCGCUAUGAAUCGAGUCCAGGUGGCCAACUUGCUGGAAGAAGUACGAAAACCGUCGGACAAAGCCUCCCUGUAUCGCAAAUUAGUCCGAAUCCGAACUGAGGUCAUCAACACAGAAGCUGGCAUCCAGCACUUCUUUUCGCUCGGUGGCAUCAAGCUGCUAGUCGCACAGCUGGACAAACCGAACGAAAAGUUGCUGGAAGUCGCAUUGAGCAUUCUUGGAAAUUGUUGUAUGCGGAAAGAAUGUGCAAAACAGGCCUACGAAGAGGGCAUACUGGCUCCACUAAUAUCCUGCAUACACUUGUCCAACCCGGCGAUCCAGUGCCGCGGUUGCCGAUUAUUAGGAAAUUUAGCACAAUUUCCUGCAAUUAGUUAUGUCCUAGCAAAAGAUUGCAGCAGUACAAUUUAUGCGUUAAAUUCCAUUCUAACCGAGCCGGACAAUAGUGCGGUGCUGAUAAUGGCUGUACGUGUAAUCCGUCAGUUAUGGAAUGAGAAGUCCAUCCGUUGUGUAAUGAUCAACCAGAGCUGCAUUAAAAGGAUCGUUGCCCUACUGGUAAAGUUAGCCCGCAAUGAGUCCAAAGAGGCUGAAAGUCCAUCGUGUGAUGAAUCGCUUGGCGAAGAAACGGAGAAGGUAGUUAUUAAGCGGAUGCACGCUCCAGACCGCACCGUAACGAAAGAGAAAUUCAAAAAUAUUGUACGUCACAUGGAAAACAGUCACCACUGCGAUAUCGUGGGUUACCAAUUGAUCAAAAGCUGUCGAUGGAAGGAUUCACAGGAUUUCAAAAUGCCGGAUGCUAAGGAAACGAUAGAGCUUUUUAUGGGCAUACUAAAGUGUUUACAGAUCGUGACAACUACAGUUAGUGCACAAGUAGCCGAGGAAGUGUACGGAGAGAAUGGCUGUGGCGUUAAGUGUUUAGUUUUUCUCUGCGCCGAAACAAGUCAAUUUCGUGCUUUGGCUUUGAAAGUGGUCUACAACCUCGCUUCCAAUCCGGAUGCAAUCGACAAAUUAACUACUUGCGAUGUAAUUACAAUGGCAUCGGAUUUAAUCAUGUAUGCAACUUUAGAUGAGUCGGAAAAAAACUAUUGCACUAGCGUGAUAUGUCUGCUUGCGAAAGAAGCCUGUAAUCGUGGGCACAUCCGCAGAAGCGGUGCUCUCCAAGCUCUGAUGCAAUUGGCAAAACAAUGUCGCGAUAAACGCCAGUUGAGUAUAAUUCUAUACGCACUCUACCAGUAUCGGUUCGAUUCGCUUAGCUUUGAUAUUCUGCUCAAUAAUGGACUAGUUAGUUUUUUGAUUGAUGUUCUAAAAGAUAUAAUCUCUGAAAAGCAAAUAAAUCACAUAAAGCAUGACGACGAGGAAACGUUAAACACCAGCAUCUACUCGAAACGUCGGUCUAGCAGCCAGAAGGCCAAACAAAAGCGAAGCGAUGAACUGUUCAACUACAAAAGCUCUACCUUCUACCGGCAAGCCAAGAUGGCAAAAAUCGACCCAUACGGAGAUGCUCCUGAAUCGCCAGAGAGCGGAAGUAGUGGUUAUGCCAGCAACAAGAACCCCUUAAGCACAGGGUCUAGUCCUGCGCGAACCGAUUUUAAUGAUGAUGACUUUGACAACGAUGAUGACGACGUAUACUCACCGGUUUGUAGUGACAACGAAGGUGAUCCGGAAACGAAUGUAAUACAGGAAGAACGAGAAACAUCAGCGAUGGUCGUUGAUGAAGAAACCACAGUAGAUGAUACCAGACCUAGUGAAUUUGAUAUUCUGAAUUAUUUGUACGAUGAUAAUUCCAAUACCUACUUAACGAAUGAAAUGCCGACUGCAGAUACAGAGCGAGACGAAGAAGAACCAUUGGAACCGGAACCAAUAAAACGGAGAAAUUUCUGCAGUUUCGAUGACACCAUCGACGACAACGAAAUACAUGACAUUGAACUUGAGAUCGUUUCUUCGCGAGCAUUCGAGAAAAAUGCUAUGCAACCAAUUCUUACUUUGCUCUGGUCCAUCUCGAAAUCUCACCGUGGUUUGGAGUUUGUACAUUCGGAGACGCUGAUCACUUUGCUAAAGAUAUGCAAACUAACAAAAAAGCCACGCGGUAGAGCAUUCCAAAUUAUCGCAAACAUCAUCAAACAUGUGGAUCACUUUCUGCCACUGCUAAAGCAAGAUUUUGUCUUUCGACUACACGAGUUCAAAUUGCCCUACAGUGCACAUUCACGUUGUUGGAGUUGCGACGAGAUGAAAUCCGCCUGCAACGAGCUGAUGUCGCUGUUUGGUAACAUAGGUGAAACCGGCUACGGUCAAGGCGAAAUAGCUCACAUCCUGAGAACAGGCGAACGAACCUUACAGCUACAGGUUUCCAUCAUUGUCACCUAUGUAGUUCGGGAACCGAAGCUGCUCCACAAGCUGCUGUACGAUAUGAAAAUUUUAAACACAGUAAUGAACAUAAUUUUAAAUGAGAAUGACGACGAGCAGGAAGAGUGCUACGAUCAACGGUUAAGUAUUGCCGCAAGUUCAGGGAUCACCACGCUGGCACAGAACCUGAACAUUUGCGGUGAGGAAGAAGACACGGGGACACCAAGCGAGACACUGGAAGCCAAGGAGUUUGAUAACACGCUUACCAUUUGUGACGAAAACAGUACCGAGGAAAAGGUGAUCUUCAAAGUACGCAACGAAAGUGGCACGCCAGAUCAAGUGAUCGUAAGUAAAAACUUGCUAAUUCAAGGGAGCGACGUAUUUCAAAGAAUGUUCGACGGAGAUCAUUUUAUCGAAUCGCAAAAAAAUGAGGUGGAGUUGCAGGAAAAUAUAACCGUUGACGGGUUGAAGUACUUCUUCUAUCUGAUUAGACUGCAAACGGUUAACAAAUUAACAGGGAUGGCGCCCCCACCGAAGAUGAUAGAGGCCAGCCUGGAUGCACUUAGCUUGUCGCAAAAAUAUCUACUGCCGGCAGUGGAAAAAUCCGUUCAAAACAUCAUCAAAACCCUUUUAAACGAUGACUGCGUACUAAAUGUGUUUGAGUGGGCACUGAAAAACUACAACCAAGAGCUGCUGGUUGCUUCCACCUAUUAUUUCUUGUAUUCGGAUAUCAGCGGAACGGCAAAAUGUAAAUUGUUUCGCGCAGCUAAUAAAUCCGUCUACCGAAAAGAGUGGCGCAGGCUACUCAACGAAACUAUUCUGUUCCGCAUACAGCCCAAUUUAGAAUAAUUUUUUAGCUCUACUUCUACUAUGUUCCCUAUUAUAUUAAUAGAAACGAAAUUGUUAGUCAACCUUGUUUGUAUCGAUACCGGAGAUAUUUAUUACUCUUGUUAGCGUGUAAGAGGUGCUAUUUUAUCCUGCAAUGUAUAUAGUGUACACAUUCCAAGUCUAUUAUAUCGCAAAAUUUA